AUGAGGAGAAGGGACGAGGGCAAGAAAGGACCACCGCUGCAUCGCAUCGGGCUGGAGACUGGAGACGGGAGAGAGCGAGUGAGGAGGUGGCAGGCCGGGCAAGGGCCCAGAGGACAUACGGACAUUCCACACCAGGGGCGUGGUGUCAGCAUAGGAGGGAGCGGUCACGCCCACCACCACCACCACCACCACCACCUGCUGCCUCAGCAUCUCAAAAUCAAGAUGGAAGGAACGGACACGGAGUAUCCUGCACGGAUACUGGACGACGACUUGACACGGGGGAAUGGCGGCUCAUCGUCUUUUGAAGCCCGCCUCGUCUCCAUAGUACAUGGCACUAUGAAUACUAGCGACUCCAUCCACCUGCAGGCCGCACGCCGCACGCCGCGCGAAGAUCUUGAGCUUUACUUUUCUGACGGGGCCUACCGCCACUCACUGGCCCUUACCCAGUACGCUACUGUACUACACUAG